GACUUGGCAUUCAGUACCCAGUUAAUUUAGUUGCAUAGCAUAAUGUAAUCGAUUUUACUGUAGUUGUUACCACUAUGCACAUCUAUUUAUGUUUCUCAAAUCAGAACAAAAAAUUGUUGGUGCGUUGAGCAUAAAAAUUUCGAGGGACAUCGAACGCAGCAGUGCUUUGUGACGCAGAAUUUACGGGACAUUGCCACAUUGGAAUCGUAUUCUGGGGUAUACAAUUAACUGGAGGAGAGUUUUGAUUAAAACAAGUGUUAGGUUUCUUGUCAUAAUGGAUUUUACAAAUCUCUUUGCAAAUCUUUCUCACAAUGGUGCACAGAUGAAUGAUCAGCCGUCAGUUCCAGUCAGCGGCGACAUUGACAAGGUUCAAAGGAGUGUAAGAGGUAAAAGGAGAGCGAGUAGAGGCGAGCGACUUGGUCCUCGUAUAAAGAGGCAAUGUAACUGGACAAAGGCAAACAGAAGUGAUUUUGAUACAUUUUCCCAAGAUGAUCAUUCCAAGACUUUAGACUACCACGUGCAGAUCACUGACCAUGAGAAGAUGAGGGCUGGCUUCACCGAGAGGGUAGCAAACAACUGUGCCAAUGAGGCCUUGCACAGUGGCCAAAAAUGUAAAACAAACCACAGCGUGAACCAGCAACAGAAGAGAAAACGCACCAAGCACCAAAAAGGUCGACAACAGGAGCAAGGAUGGCCUCAAAAUCAAGCACGAAGCCAUCCUACAAAAAGUUCAAGGAAACCUGAAACCAGAACAGAACCCAGAAAGCAUAUGAAGAACAGAAAUAAGACUCAGCCCGUCAAAUAUUUCUCACCGGAGUUCAGGGAGCAGAACAUUGUGCUGGUGAAUGAACAAAUUGUCUGCCGACAUUUUCUUCAUGGGAAGUGCAUCAAGGGUGACAGCUGUCAAAUGCAGCACAUCGAAGCGCGUAACGAUCUCAUCAAAAAGCAUUGCAAGUAUUACCUGCAAGGAGCCUGCGUGAAAGGGGACCACUGCCCGUUUAUGCACAAUAUCCUUUGCAGUAGACCAAAUAAUGUCAUUGUGGACUACAAUUUGGUAGCAUGGAGCACGGGCGAGGCAACCAGCGUUUGGGGUAAAGUCUUGAUCCACUUCGGACUCAUGCCCGAAGUACUUCAGUUCCAUUUCCGUUGUUUCCUGAACGGCUGUGCACAUUCCUUUCCCUGCAAAUUUUUCCAUAAAAAAGGAAAGUGCUGUAAAGGAGAGGACUGUCGGUUUUCUCACGAGCCACUUAAUGACAUCACCACGCAAUUGUUGAAUGAGGUCAUGGCCUUAGAGGUGGAGUAUGCGAAGAAAAAUGAGCGGUCUUCAGUUCGGCCCGUGACAGGAGAUGAGCCAGAGGUCACGCAAGUUCCCAAUCCUGUUAUACAUCAAGAAGCAAAUGAGGGCUCUGGUGAAUUGGUACAGCCCUUCAAGUUUAACUUUUACAACAGUGCCGAACCGAAUGCAAAUAACAAGGAAACGUGUUGGGCUGAACAAGUCCGGGAUGUCACUAAAGAAGAUGCUCAGGCAUGUGAAGCAGCUUGCCAGUCUCCGUCAGUUGUCCCCUCCCCUGGGCUGCCAGUUUUAUACUCUGUUGAAGCAGUGCUGGGACUAAAGUCGUCCGCUGUCUUUAAAACUCCCUCAAGUCCAAAUCCAACCAUGCUCUCUGCCCCUCUGGCCUCCUCUGGCUGCUGCGGCUUGUCAACCCAUUGCAAAGUCCCUUACUCAGUUGACGUCCGCAUGGCAUCUAAAUCCACAGAGAUGGGUCACUCACCUACCGCUGCUGCACCAAUGCCACGGGUGGAAUCUUACACUCCCACAGGCCAGCUGAGCUCUGCGAGCCUACGUAACAAAGCCUCAGAUUUAUCACGUCCACAAAAUGAGCCUUUGAGAGAGACGACAGCCUGCCAAGUGGCUCAAGAGAUUCACUCUGAUGAUACACCAGCGCUGACUUUUACGUCGAAACUCACUCAAGCAGAGAAGUGUGCAGCAUACAUGAUAACCGGACGCACAAGACAUAAGAGCUCACUCCAUUGUCUUGAAAAAGAGGAAAAGCAGAAUCCAACAACAGACACGACGUCAUCUGUAGACUGCGCUCAACAGCUCAAGUCCAGCAAGCUAGACUUCCAAAGCCUUUUUUCUAGCCCCCCUCAUCUGUUAUCUACCCCCAAUCCGACAAAUGAUUUCUAUCCUCUUAAUCAGUCACUUCAGAGGUCCACACCGUUCCAAGAGAGUACGUCUGUUCUAACUGCACUUAUCAACGCCUCCUCGGAAUUCGCCGCUUGUGGGAAACCCAACCUUCCCCUGCAGCGCCUGUAUUCCAAAAACGCCAAAUCUGCUCUCACUUUUCCGGCACCACAGACAUAUUGUUCAAGUGGAACAACAACACAGUGUAAAACUGAGACUCCUAGCCUCCCAGCACUCGGUUAUAAUAAAACCUUGAAAACGCCAUUGAAAAGCCUUUUUGCGAGCAGCGUCCUUGACGCACCGAGUUCAACAACCUUAUCCACCCCCCGACACUUUACUGAAACAGUUUCUGCUACUCCUAAGUGGACUAAUAUCAAAUACCAAGAUUCUACCAUGAAAAUGACUGCCAAACCAGACCAGACCUGUGCAAAUUCUCUGUGCAGCCUUUUCACCACCCCUCCCUCUCCCCUCUCUCCACCAUGCGCGCCUCAAACAAACCAUUCCUAUCAGCCAGAAGAUACGGCAGCUCUUUGGUCAGGUGCCGCUCAAAGUGAAGCUCUUAUUCCCACCCUAGUCCCACAAGCAGCAUCCCGUGCAGAAAAUGACAGAUUAGUUGAUCCAAAGCAGCAGCAGCAGACUCAAGAAAAUGCUCACAGGGGGACACCCACCAGCAAACGGGCAACCCAUCAGCUGCUCCACGGCGCACAUCCACCCGUUGAUUCUUCACCAGCAGCCACUUCAAAAUCAGUCCUGAAAACACUCUUCCUGUCCCUGAGCCCGUAUCAGCAAGACAGCCAGUAAUCGAAUGGUAUUAUUCAAUAUCUAAUAUGAGAAGAGGAGACACUCUUGUUAAAUUUUAUCAUGUUCAAAGACUUCUGUAAGACUACAUGUGAGUGCAUGUAGGGAUACACAUGCACUUUGUAAUGUCACGGUUGUGCCGUAUUUAUACACACACACACACACACAUAUAUAUAUAUAUAUAUAUAUAUAUAUAUAUAUAUAUAAUUUUUUUUUACAUCUACUGCAUGUCAAGUUGGAGCACAAUGGCACUAACAUUGGCGCUUUUAAGAGCAUAAAAAUGGCCUCGCCACGUUGAGGUUUGGACUGUGUUCAAAUAACUGUAGAAAAACCUGAAGCCUCACAUAUCCUGAAAGGCAAAGGGUUGGUUGAACCAUGACAGCUUCACUUGACCCAUUUUAAGACUUUAAAAAUCAAUGUUUAUUCUCAGUACAGUUGUUUUCUUUUGUAUUACUGGAUAUUGAAUGAUAUUUUAUAGCAUGUGUUUUUUUUGUCUUUUGAGCACAUCUUAUAAAGUAAUUAAAUCUUGAAAAUCAA